UUCAACCAAUUUCUCAUGGGGGAAAUUCCGGCGAUUUUGCAAUCCUGGUUGUGGAAAUAUUAUAUAGCUGCGUGACGUUUCCGCAAAAUAUGUCAUUUGUUCUCUAGGAACAGACAAGAGCAUUUACCUCGUUGCUAGAACUCCUUUCUCCAACAGCGACUCAUCCAAUCACUUCGUCGUCUUCAAAGUAGAAUUAGCAAAUUAUGGCUGGAGAUGUACCACCAGUUGGACACUUCGGGUUGCCGUUGCAUACCAACACGGGAACCAUUGUACCGGUCACCGCUAAUUACAAACGAGGCGUCCUAGAGUAUUACUUGAACCGAAAGGGAGACCGACCGGAACGCCACGCCCUCCGCAAUCUCCUCGGCGUUCUGGCUUUCCAGCAGGGCCAAAGGGAUCUUGCACGGCAGCAUUUUGAUCGCAUUCUUUCUGAAGGGGAGGAUCCGGGAAAUUUGAAUGCAAGAGCAAACCUUGACCACGUGAACACGGUGGUGACAUCUGAUAACGACUUGCCGGAUCUGGAAACGGAGGACGGCAAGCGCCGACAAGCCAGACGCUACGCCGAACAGGGUUUCGCCUUCAUGUUCGAGCUCUACGAUGAGACGGUUACACACCAGCGAUACAGGCAGGCACGCGAUCUCUACGUGAAAGCCAUGGAGUUGGCGGGUAAUUUGGUGGAUCACAAAGAGAAAGAAGAUUGGCACUUUGGUAUUGGACUAGCCAACUUUAAAAUGUUCAGCAUCCCGGCGACUAUGUCGGCUGAGGCAAUGAAGGCAGCGUUGGACUCAGCUGUCAAAAACUUCCGAGCCAUACUGACCAGCGCACAAGCGGAUAACGCAAUGAAGUGCGAUGCAUGGUUUGAGUUAGCCCUGACUGUCAACAAAGCACUCAAGUCUCACAUAUUGCGGCCAACAAUAACGCUCGAAAAUCUAACUCCACAGGCAUGUCUGGAUAACGCACUUCAGGUGUCCCCAGAUAAUUUUAUGGAGGCGCGCAUUCAAGCUCGUAAAGCGUAUUUUUGUUAUCAAGCUGACCCCAGAAAUGGCUUUCAAGAGGCCAUACAUUUGCUAGAAAGGUCCAUCGAACUCGACAGUUCCAAGAUCAAUUUUCAUGCCUACUCCACGCGGGCAAAUAUCUACUUAGAGGAGUACGAAAGCAGCAAUAACGUUGAUCUCCUGCAUAGUGCGCAAGCUGACCUUGAGCACAUCUUGAAGGAACAUGUUUCUCCAUGGGAUUUUGAAAUGCUGGCAAAGGUGUAUUUGUAUUUGGCAAAAAGCACCACCCAAGAAGAAGAAUCCAAGGCAUACAUCCAGAAGGCUCUCCAGAACUGCACGAACAGCGAAAAAUGUCAGGACGGCGCAAAUAGACCCAGUCUCCAAACGCUCCGAGAACAAAUUCUGAGGUACAGUGACCGACAUUAAGAGGCAAAGGAGUCCUACCAGAAAGGCGUUGAAAGUUCUUUAUAUUAGUCGGCUCUUCAAUGAGAAUUUGUGUCAGUCCUGUGUAAUUCAAUUAAUGAUACGGUAUUCUUUAUAUCAUUUACCUGAAAAAAAAAACCAGUAUUAACGUCAUUAUCCCCUUUAUAUUUCUCAGCUUUAAUUAAGUUGAUUUCUGAUUUUCUGCAUUGUGCUAUAUGCUUGGGACAUGUAUGUAACACUUAGACCUAUCCUGUUUUAAUCAGUCGAUGUAUUUCAUGUAUUUUAAAAAUGUCAAUUCAUUAUUUUCAAUAUUGUUUUCGGUCAAUGAAAUUCUGCGCUGAACAGCAAUGAAGGGAUGAUUUUGAAGAAACGAGGAUGCUUUUGUUUAAAGAAAUCCCCAAUCACAGGUCAGAAUGUCGUUUUUUCUCCCGUUUUUGACGUAUAAAAUAAGUUUAUUUGAUUUCAAAUAGUGCAUGAUGUAAAUGAAACCAUUUUGGUACAUGUUUGCUUGGCUGCUGUCUUGCUUUUGUUUCAUGGGGAAAAAUCAGAAUUAGUGCCAUUCACCGCUUUAUAUUUCUGAGCUUUAAGUUGAUUUCUGAUUUUCUGCAUUGUAAUUGUCGAAAUCUAUGUUACAUGCUUAGGACGCAUAUUUAACACUUAGACCUGUCCUGUUUUAUUAUAUAAUUAGUUUGUAUUUCUUGUAUUUUAAAAGUGCCAUUUUAUUUAUUUUUUUUUAAAACCUUUAUUUAACUAUUCUGGCAACUGAUAAAAUUAAUCUCUUGUGUGGUUCAGUCAAUUAUUUCUCGUACUGCAGGUCAUGAUUGUUACAAGUUUCUCAUUUACAUUGGGAAAUUCGAUUUCCGCUUUGCUAACAGUGGAUAAAUGGUAAGGGAUAAUUAUGAUAUUGAGGGGAUGCCUGGUUGUAACAGCUAGAGGCUGAGCCAGCAGAAACUUGAAUGAUAGAGACUUUAAUGAUACCCCGACAGUGCAACGCGAGGACUUGUUACACCAUGCCUGAUUUCACAUUUUGCAAGGGGGAAAUAUUUGUUUUGUUUCUGUGCUAUAUUUAUGUGGUGUUUGUGCUAAUGUGCUAAUUGUUAAGUGCUGUAGUCAAAUGAGGGCGCUAUUCAUGUUGUCCAUGAAUCGCUCGGUGCGUUGCCGCGUAGUAAUCUUGGUGUUUAGGACAUGCUAUGCGGGCACGAGAGAUAGUGCCAGGUUUAAUAAUGCAUUCAUUUAUAAAAUGUUAAUGUCUUGAUUAUGUGAGUUAUAGAUAAAUGCAAAUGGGUAGAUAUUUAAUAGUCCAGAUCGAUUAAUAGAGAGAUUAAGUUGCAAUCAGUUAAGCUCCGGUGCCCAUGAAUAUACGAGUAAAUUGGUCGUUCGCGCCACAACUUUGGGUCUUUUCCAAAACUUCUAGACUACUUUGUAGUCGUCAGGUUCAGGGCCUGGAAUGGUCCUGUGGAUUUGCUGAAUUGUACCAGCAGGGUUGGGGGCCCUAGACUAGGGGCAGAUUGGCUCCAUCGACUGGUGAGUUACAUGUAUAUAGCGAUUUAUAUAAUAGCUAAUGUAAGGUCAUAAAAGUGGCUGUAUGUAGCAGGGUGCAAGUUGAAUGUCAAAUUUGCAAUGUGGUGUGCACGCACGUGUACCUCCACCUUUGUUAUUGUACAUGUACAAUAUAUUUUGCAUGACCUUGAAAAUCCGCAACAUAUACAUCUUACAUCGUAAGUUACAUGUAGCACCAGCAAUACUCUUCAUUGAUCAUGGAAAUUGGUAUUUAAUUUAAUUUCAUUUAAAGAACCAACGAUUCAUGUUUGUUUAAAUUAAUAAUUUUGUAUUGGCAGGUCUUUUCAUGAGCAAAGUGGAGAUCUCCAAUAAACCAAAAUUUGAGAGUGACACAGGAACCCCAAAAUUGGGUCUCACCGCCUCACUUUCUCUCGUCACCGGAAAUUACACUACACUUA